AUGAUCGACUUUGAAUCAAGUGCGACUGCAUUUGAUGAUGAUAUUAUUUAUGAGGAUGCAGAUGAGGAAAUAGAUGAGAUAAACAAUGGAACUUGGCAAAUCCAAAUUAAUACACCCCAAAAUUGUGAUGGGCUUAUUAAACAAAUCAAAACUGCUUUAAAUAAAAGCUUGCAUCAUUAUUAUUCAGUUCCUUCUGAAGUUGGCAUGCUAACAGCAUUAUUGGAUCCCCAAUGUAAAUCUCUUAAUUUUGUCUCUGAAAAUAAAAAAUUAGAAACGAUAAACAUAUUAAAAAAUAUGGUUGCAAGCUUACAAUCUAAUCAUGAAGAAUUUCAACAAAUAACUAAAAGCAACAACUCACUUAUUACUCGAAUAUUUCAGCUACAUCAUCCUCGAAUAGAUGAA